AUGUUAAAUAAUUAUACAUUUCUUACUGAUCAUUCAUAUUCAUUACGACCAAUAUCUGAUGAUAAUGAUGAUUUACCAUUAAAUCAACGUGAAAGAAAAACUAAAAAACAUCGUAGAUCAUCAAAUCAUACAAAUGAAACAAUCUCAACAACAAAUCGUACAGUAUCAAUUGAUCGUAGUUCAAGUGAUAAAGAAAAUAAUUCAUUAAUAUUAUUAAAUUCAAAUGAUAUACCAAUAUCAUUACCAACAACAUCAAUAAAUAUAAAUACACGAACAAAUAAAUCUCAUCGUACUCGUUUAUCUACACGAACAUUUAUGACUAAUUCACGUUUACAAUUAGGAAAAAAACAAGAUAAUAAAAUUUCAUCAAAAACUGUUAUCAAAUCGACACAAGGUAAUAAAAAGAAAAAAUCAAUAAAUCGAAAUAAAACAAAAUUAUCAAAUAUAUCUUUAAUGGAUUCAAUUGAUAUAUUACCAUCAUUAUCUAUUGAAGAACGUGUAAAAUUACGUCGAACAAAACCAAUACAAUCAACAACAACAACAACAACAAUUAUUGAAGAAAUAAAACCAAGAAAAAUUAAUAAAAUUUCAUUAAAAAAACCAAAAAUAUCUUCAAUAAAUAAAAAUAAAAAAUCAUUUCUUGGUUCAGGUCUUGAUCUUGAUAAUAUUCUUCUUGGCAAUCGACAACGUCGUUGUGUACAGACAUAA